AUGUUCCUGUUGCUUUCCUCGAUCAUUCCUGCGCUCUCUUUCCAUUCUAGUAACUCUCCCCUUCCCUCGAGCGCAUCUUCAGCUUCUACUAUUGCAAACAUCGGAUUGAACUGCACGAGCGGUACGAACAUAUCGACCAUUCAAUGGGGGCCGUGUGAUCCUACCCUUGUUACCAAUCCCUCUCUCCUCUGCGGCUUCUUCGACAUUCCACUCGAUUAUUAUGAUCCAUCCAUAGGUAAUGGCCGCCUUGCCCUCAUCAAGGCCAAUGCUACCGGCGAGAAGCGCGGAACCUUCUUCAUGAAUCCUGGAGGGCCCGGGGUGUCUGGUAUUGAGGCGCUGUCAGCAACGAGUGACCUCCUCCUCGCACAAACGGGCGGUCUCUACGACAUCGUCAGUUGGGACCCUCGCGGUGUCGGCUCGCUCUCAACUCCAGGAGACGUCUUCUGCUUUGCCUCCGCGGCCGACUACGCUUCGUUCUGGAACGGCACGAUCGAGCUCGAGGGCAUCAACAUGAUCGGGAACUUCACCGACCAGCAGGACAUCGACGCCCUCCUUUCUCAAGCGGACAAUAUGCAGCAGAAGUACGACGAGCUCGGAGUGCGCUGCCAGCAGCACUCGGACGGACAAUACUUGCGGUACAUUGGGACAGCGGCGACUGUAAGGGACUUGGUUGCGAUGGCAGACGCGCUGGAUGGCCCGGGAUCCCCAAUCAACCUCAUCGGGCUGUCGUAUGGAACCAUUGUUGGGUCGUGGUUUUUGGGCAUGUUCCCCGAGCGUGCAGGUCGCGUUAUCCUCGACGGCGUCGUCGGCCCUCAGGCGGAUAUCUUCGAUCCGGAACUGGGCGUUCUCGGUUGGCCCAGUCAAUUGACGUCGUCAGAUGACGUUUACAAAGGCGUCGUCACCGCCUGUGCCCUAGCAGGCCCCGAAGGCUGCGCGUUCGCAUCCGUCGGAGACGGCCCCCUCGACGUUCAUGACCGUGUCCAAGUUAUGCUCAAGGCGGCGCAUGAUGCUCAACGUGCUAACGCGUCCGUUCCCCUGACGUCAGGACAGCUGAGGACUCAAGCCUUCUGGCCCAGCAUGUACUCUAUGACCUCUUGGCCUGACCUCAUGAAUAUCACCCUUCCCCAGGCGGAGCAAGUUGUGCUUGCCGAAUCUAAGAGCAUUGCCACCUCCGCGAAACGGUCAGAGAUACUCAGUCUUUUCAAGCGGGGCGAGUUCAGCAACGUUACAUACACCACGCAAGCAAUCAUGUGCAGCGACGCCCCCGACGUGACCGCCAACGAUACGAUGCACAACGUAUUCGAGAUUAUCGUCUCGACGUCGCAGAACCUAUCCCACAUGUACGCUUCGCAAUGGCCUGCCACCACAUUCUCUUGCUCUUUCUGGCCAGAGCGUGCUGUCGAGCGUUACGCAGGCCCUUUCAACAAAACGCUUUCCCAUAACAUUCUCGUGAUUGGAAACACGUACGAUCCGGCAACCCCAUUUCAUGGCGCGAAGGCAGUGGCAGACGGCUUCGGAGACCAGGCAGCUCUAGUCAGAUUGAACGUUUUCGGCCACACCUCCCAAACCGCCCCUGGCGGAUCUUCCUGUCUCAAUGACAUCAUUUUGGCGUAUACGACUAACGGCACGCUACCUGACGGCCAUGAUACCGUUUGCGAAGUCGACGAUACCUUCGAGGUCUUCCCAGGCGUCAAUACUAGGUCGGUCAUCGCUAACCUGCCUCCUGGUUCCGUUUAG